AGAAUUGGUUCUUCAAGGGGGAAAAACAGAGGAGGUUCAGAAAAACAGGGGACAUGGCAGGGGGUGGAUUUGGAGAUGGUGGUGCGCCAUUGAAGAGAGCUCAUCUUUAUGAGUAUCGAAUUACGAGCUAUUUUGUUAUUGCUUGUAUUGUUGCAGCUCUUGGUGGCUCUUUGUUUGGCUAUGAUCUUGGAGUUUCUGGUGGAGUGACUUCCAUGGAUGAUUUUCUGAAGGAAUUUUUCCCAAAAGUAUACAAAAGAAAGCAACUUCAUCUAAAAGAAACAGAUUACUGUAAAUAUGACAACCAAAUCCUCACUCUUUUCACAUCCUCUUUAUACUUUGCUGGUCUUGUCUCCACUUUUGGUGCUUCUUAUGUAACAAGAAAGCGAGGUCGAAGAGCGAGUAUCCUCGUCGGCUCCGUCAGCUUUUUUUUAGGCGGCGUAAUCAACGCCGCUGCAGUUAACGUAGCAAUGCUGAUCAUUGGUCGGAUUUUCCUUGGCAUCGGUAUCGGUUUUGGCAACCAAGCAGUGCCAUUGUAUCUAUCUGAAAUGGCCCCGGCGAAGAUCCGAGGAGCGGUUAACCAGCUGUUUCAGCUGACAACUUGCUUGGGGAUUUUGAUUGCAAACUUCAUAAACUAUGGAACUGAUAAGAUUCAUCCAUGGGGGUGGAGGUUGUCUCUUGGAUUGGCCACAGUUCCAGCAACUUUAAUGUUCAUUGGAGGACUUUUCCUUCCUGAGACACCCAACAGUUUGGUAGAGCAGGGCAGAAUGGAGGAAGGAAGAGCUGUGCUAGAGAAAAUCAGAGGGACGACGAAAGUCGAUGCCGAGUUUGAUGAUCUGAUCGAUGCGAGCAAUGAGGCACGAGCGAUAAAACACCCGUUCAAGAAUCUCUUGAAGCGAAAAAACCGACCCCAGCUAGUGAUUGGAGCAUUGGGAAUUCCUGCAUUCCAACAACUCACUGGCAUGAACUCCAUUCUGUUCUAUGCUCCUGUCAUGUUCCAAAGUUUAGGGUUUGGUUCUGAUGCAGCCCUUUAUUCAUCUACCAUCACAAGUGGUGCCCUUGUUGUUGCUACUUUCAUUUCAAUGCUUUUGGUAGAUAAGUUUGGUAGAAGAGCUUUCUUCCUUGAAGCCGGAGCAGAAAUGAUAUGUUGUCUGAUUGCAGUAGCAGUGACACUCGCACUUAAGUUUGGACAAGGGGAAGAACUUCCAAAAGGGAUAGGGAUCUUCCUUGUGAUAGUGAUAUGCAUAUUCGUGUUGGCUUAUGGAAGGUCAUGGGGGCCGCUCGGUUGGCUCGUGCCAAGCGAGCUAUUUCCAUUGGAGACGAGAUCGGCCGGGCAGAGCAUGGUGGUGUGUGUCAACAUGCUUUUCACUGCUUUGAUAGCGCAGUGUUUCCUUGCUGCUAUGUGUCAUCUCCGGUACGGAAUCUUCCUGUUGUUCGCCGGAUUGAUUGUAAUUAUGAGUAGCUUCAUCUUCUUCCUGUUGCCCGAGACUAAACAAGUCCCUAUUGAAGAAGUGUAUCUAUUGUGGCAGAAUCAUUGGUUUUGGAAGAGAAUUGUUGGAACAGAGGGUGCAAAUGGAGUAAAUGGGAAUGCCAAAGGAGAUAGAAAAAGGAAUGAAAGUGUGUAGGAGCAAGAACAACCAUUACAAGAUUGAAAGAAGUGGUUAUAAUAGAGUUUACGAAAUGCAUAUUAUAGUAAAUUACUAUUUUGUGUUUGAUUAAUUAUUCAGUGCAUAUUAAAUAUAUUGAAUCCAAUCAAUAUUAUUUAACCAA